GUAAAUAAUUUUAUACUCUCAAUAGAUAAUGCCACCUAUUUUCUAUAGAUAAAUACAAACUGAUAUGUUUCAUAUUAGAGUCUGUUGUUGGUUUUAUGAUCAAGAUUGGAAGUAAAUAAUUAAGAAGUUAAGCGGUAGAGUCGGACAGAGCGCGAGUGGUACGUGCCGACGUCCGUGACUCGACAGUAAUGCGAGGCGAGGUGCGCCUGCGCAACACACUACUCACGGCGUGAACACUGUGAGAGGAGGGACACAAUCACAAUGCCAACAAAAAUACAAACUGAAAGCAGGGCCAGUCGCGGAGGGAGAGCGGCGCGCGGCGUCCGCUGCACCGCUCCACUCGUUACGCAAUGCACACGCACGGCCACACGCGACACACCAGCGAUCUGGCUCGGUUCUUUGUUUACUAGCUACAUUUGUACGGAACAUUGUGUCACAUUAUAUUACUAUGUAGCAGCUAUGCGAUAGUAUAUUAUAAUUUAUACCUGCGAUACGAUCCAAUAGUCUAGUCAGUGAGGUGCUCGCAGUUGGGUGCUGUUUCAAUAAAUUGAUCUUGUAAAUUCUUGUACUGAUUCAAAAACAUGGAGAAAGAAGCGGCCAAGAUGCUGCAAUCUGAGGCUUUGGAGGGGAAUGGGAGUAUAGAGAAGAAUGGAUUAACCGCCGAGGCAGGAAAGAGCUGCAUGGAGCUUCUGGAAACGGAGGAGCAGCGCCGGGAGCGCUGGCGCAGCGUAUACGUGAUCUACUUCACCAUGUUUCAGAUGUCUCUCGGCUUCAGCAUCGCGCUCACGGGAGUGUGGCCCUACCUCGACAAGUUGGAGCCCGGUGCGAAGAAAGAAAUGCUGGGAUUGGUGGUCGGCGCCAAUCCGCUGGGCCAGCUACUAUUUUCCCCACUGUUGGGACUGUGGGCGAACCGAGCGAAGAGUGCGCGCAUACCACUACUGGCCACACUAGCUCUGUUUGUGAUCGCAUCGGUGCUGUAUUCACAGCUCCACCUCACCAGGCCCUACGCCAAGUACUGGAUGGUUUUCGCGCGGUUCCUCGUCGGUGUCAGUUCAGCAAAUAUAGUAGUGGCGCGGUCGUACCUGUCCGCGGCGACGCUGGUGAGCGAGCGGACGCGGGCGGUGGCGUGGGUGUCGCUGGCGCAGGUGCUGGGGUUCGCGGUGGGGCCGGCGCUGCAGGCGGCCGCCGCGCCGCUGGGGCCCGGCGCACCCUACCCUGCGGCGGGGGAGGGCGCCGGCCCGCUGCUGCGGCUCGACAUGUACACCGCCGCAGGCUGGAUCAACGCGAUCCUCGGCCUCGUCAACUUCCUGCUGUUCCUGCCGUGGUGCUUCAAGGACAGGACCAUCGCGGCCAGGGAGGCGAUGAUCGUGCACGGGAAAAAUUCCGAGAAAGAAGCCCUGAAGGCCAUUAAGCCGGACCUGGUGAGCAGCUGGACACUGGUGGGCGCGUUCUUCGUGUUGGUGUUCAACUUCGUGCUGCUGGAGACGCUCGCUACCAGCCUCACCAUGGACCAGUUCGCGUGGAGUAAGAAGCAGGCCCUCGAGUACAUGGGCGCGCUCAUGAGCGCCGGCGCUAUCGUCGCCUGCGUCACGUUUGCACUCAUCGGGCCGCUCACCAAACGUUUUGAAGAGAGGGGGCUGCUGUUGUGGGGCGGGUUCCUGCUGACGGGGCUGGCGUCGGUGCUGUGCAUCCCGUGGGGCCCGGGCCCGCCGCCGCUGGCGCCGCCCGGCCAGCUGGAGGCGGGCGGCGGCUGCCCCGCGGCCACGCAGCCCUGGUGCGAGACCUCGCGGGGGCUCACCAUCACGCAGUUCUUCCUCGGCUACGCGUGCAUCUCUGUCGGAUAUUCGCUCGGCGUUACCUUGAUACAGACCAUCUUCUCCAAGGUUUUGGGGCCACGGCCACAGGGCGUGUGGAUGGGCGUGCUGACGGGCGCGGGGUGCGUGUCCCGCGCGCUGGGUCCCGUGUUCGUAUCCGCGGUGUACGCGCGCCGCGGACCAGACGCCACCUUCGGGGCCACCGCCGCCCUCACCCUCGCCGCCCUGCUCGCGCUCAGGCUCGUGUACUCUCGCCUACAACCUCCCCCCGCCACCCCCGCCACCCCCGCCGCCCCCGCCGGCCAAGACCACGAGCUGCACGCCCUGCAGCCGGAGCAGCCGAGCCGGUAGCCGCACCGCCAUGAACAGGUCGCAUGGCCGCGCCAUAUCAAUAGGAGUGUUAUGAUGGUGUCUGUAUUAAUCCAGGCGUCAUUGUAUUGAGUUCGCAACUAAGUGACUGCCGGUUUUAACAUGAGAAUGAACAUUCAAUUUGUUCUUUUAUAUAUUUACUAGCUUUUGCCCACAACUUCGCUCGCGUUAAUUUAUCCUCUUAGGGAUGGAAUAUUAUCAAAAUCCUUUCUUAGGGGAUUCCGACGUCAUAUUAGCUUUAUGCAUGCAAAGUCUCAGUCCAAUCGGUUUAAAACUGACAAAGUUUCAUACAAACUUUCAUCCCCUUGGAGGUAGAUUUUGAAGCGGUUUUUUUAAGAGAUAGAAUGAUUCUAGAGG